AUGGUCGGCCCCUUCAUGCAGGGCCUCUUCUUGAUUGGCAUCAUCUACUGGUACUCCAAGGGGAUGAUGUCCAUGAUCAACGACUACUAUAGAAGUGAGUUCCAGCGGAAGUUGCAAACGGAACCAGCGAAGGCGAAGGCAGAGACACCCAUCAAUGUGGACAACUUUAUGGAUUAUGUUAGGGAGUUGGACUCUACGGACGAGGUGGCUAGGAGCCCGGCGGAAGGAAAUGAAACUUGGCAUAUAGGAGAAGCCCAUUGUCACAUCCUUCUACGAUUUUUGGAGAUUACCGGCACUCUUGCACCUCCUGAAUUAAUUACGAGCAACUUAAGAUAGCCCAUCCUAUAAUUAUAAAGUAUCAAUUAUAUUUAGUGUAUUUUAUAUGGAUUUCGAAAAAUAAAGCAUAGCACUAAAAACGGAA